AUGGCAGUCCGAAGCGUAUUCAGUCUUGCCUCCCUCAUCAUCCUCGCCGGUGGCGUACUCUUCAUGUUCUUCAUCCUCCUCGCCGGCGCAGUUUCAGGAUCCCCGCUCAACAAAUUCUACAUUCUCCAGGCAGACACUGGCAACAUACCUAACGCGCCUCCAGUCUCGCGAUGGUCAUACUGGAACAUCUGUGGCGUGCAAAAUGGUCGCACCGUAUGUGGUGAUCAACACUAUUCGGAUGUCCAUCCGGCAUUCCCCCUCGAUCCUGCGUCGCAUCGCGAGUUCGACACUACCGUCAAUGUGCCGCUGAGAUUUGUCCGUCACCAUGGCUACUACUUCUACAUGACCCGGUUCAUGUUUGCCUUCAUGUUGAUUGCGCUGUUCUUCAGCGUCUGUGGUCUAUUGACCGGACUCCUUGCUCUGUGCACCAGACUUGGCAGCUAUCUGAGCGGGUUCUUCACCGCCCUUGCCAUGUUUUUCCAGGCAAUCCAAGCUUCUCUGAUGACUGCUGCGUACGUCAAGGGUCGUGACAACUUCCGCAGGAACGGGCAGGCCUCGCACAUUGGCAAAUACGCCUUUGGUUUCGAAUGGGCCGCAUUUGCCUGUUUCUUGAUCUCGACUGUUUUGUUCUGCAUGGCUGGUUCUUCCCGCCGAGACACGACGACGACAUCUACUCGCCGGUCAUUCUUCAAAGGUCGACGAAGCAAGAGCACCCGAAGCAGGGGAAGCUUCGUUCAGGACAAAGAGUAUGGUGCAUGA